AGGAAAUACAUAGAAGACUGCACCAAAUCAGAGCACCAUAAACUACAUUUCCCAGAGGGCCCCGCGGUCGGAAUACGAACCUUUUCUCACUCAGAGCGCUCACCCUCCCUAGUCGGUUCCGCCGUAGAGGUGACCUGACUCUCGAUCCUGGUUUUGCAGGUGCUGAAAUUGUCUACGCAAUUCCCAAUCAUGUCUGAACCAAUCAGAGUCCUUGUGACUGGAGCAGCUGGUCAAAUUGCAUAUUCAUUGCUGUACAGUAUUGGAAAUGGAUCUGUCUUUGGAAAAGACCAGCCUAUAAUCCUUGUGUUGUUGGAUAUCACUCCCAUGAUGGGUGUCCUGGAUGGUGUCCUAAUGGAACUGCAAGACUGUGCCCUUCCCCUCUUGAAAGAUGUCAUCGCAACAGAUAAGGAAGAGGUUGCCUUCAAAGACCUGGAUGUGGCCAUUCUUGUGGGCUCCAUGCCAAGAAGGGAUGGCAUGGAAAGGAAAGAUUUACUCAAAGCAAAUGUGAAAAUCUUCAAGUGCCAGGGUGCAGCACUGGAUAAAUAUGCCAAGAAGUCAGUUAAGGUUGUCGUGGUAGGAAACCCAGCCAAUACCAACUGCCUGACUGCCUCCAAAUCAGCGCCAUCCAUCCCCAAGGAGAACUUCAGCUGCUUGACUCGUUUGGAUCACAACCGAGCUAAAGCUCAGAUUGCUCUUAAACUCGGUGUAACUUCUAAUGAUGUGAAGAAUGUCAUUAUUUGGGGAAACCAUUCCUCGACUCAGUAUCCAGACGUCAACCAUGCCAAGGUGAAACUGCAAGGAAAGGAUGUCGGAGUUUAUGAAGCUCUGAAAAAUGACAGCUGGCUCAAGGGAGACUUCAUCACUACUGUGCAGCAGCGUGGUGCUGCUGUCAUCAAGGCUCGGAAACUCUCCAGUGCGAUGUCUGCUGCAAAAGCCAUCUGUGACCAUGUCAGAGACAUCUGGUUUGGAACCCCAGAGGGAGAAUUUGUGUCCAUGGGUGUUAUCUCUGAUGGUAAUUCCUACGGUGUUCCUGAAGAUCUGCUUUAUUCAUUCCCUGUGACAAUCAAGAAUAAGACCUGGAAAGUUGUUGAAGGUCUCCCUAUUAAUGAUUUCUCACGUGAGAAGAUGGAUCUUACUGCAAAGGAACUAGCAGAAGAAAAAGAAACUGCAUUUGAAUUUCUUUCCUCUGCCUGACUAGACAAUCAUUUUCAUUUCAAUCAUGUUACUAAAUGCCCCAAAGCUGAAGAAUCUAAAUGUCGUCUUUGACUAUAGUACCAAAUAAUAAUAAGGUAUACUUAAAUUACAUGUGAAAAACAACAGAUUUUAAAGAUUGUGUGCUUCUUGGUACAAAUUUGUGACAGUUUAUCAUCAUGCUGUUAGUGCUGCAUUCUAAAUAAACUAUAUAUUCAAAUGAAAA